CAUAACCCUUCAGAUCUCUCACAAACUGCUCUCUCUCUACGCAUCACUCCCCAAAGCGGUUAACAAUGUCAGCCGCCGCCGCAUCCUCCACGAUCUCCGUCGCCGCCACCAACCCCCUCAAGACCCUAUCCCUCUCCUCCUCCAGAUCCCCUCUCCCACCCGCCACCAUCUCCCUCCUCCCUUUCCCAUCUCGCACCCUCACCACCCCUCGCCGCCGCCUCAUCCUCGUCUCCUGCACCGCCGGAGACGGAUCCUCCAAACCCACGAUUCUCGUCGCGGAGAAGCUCGGCGAGGCCGGCGUGAAGCUCUUGGAAGGGUUCGCGAAUGUCGACUGCUCUUACAACAUGACCCCCGAGGAGCUCAACACCAAGAUCUCCCUCUGCGAUGCGCUGAUCGUGAGGAGCGGGACCAAGGUUGGCCGUGAGGUCUUCGAGUCUUCUCGUGGACGUCUCAAGGUUGUUGGACGCGCUGGUGUUGGGAUUGACAACGUGGAUCUGAGCGCUGCGACUGAGUUUGGCUGUUUGGUCGUUAACGCGCCCACGGCGAACACGAUCGCCGCCGCUGAGCACGGGAUCGCUCUUUUGGCCUCUAUGGCCAGAAACGUCGCUCAGUCUGAUGCCUCUGUUAAGGCUGGAGAGUGGAAGAGGAACAAGUAUGUGGGUGUUUCACUCGUUGGCAAGACUCUUGCGGUGAUGGGAUUCGGGAAAGUCGGGACCGAGGUUGCUCGUCGUGCUAAAGGUCUCGGCAUGCGUGUGAUUGCUCAUGACCCCUACGCACCAGCAGACCGUGCGCACGCCAUUGGUGUUGAGCUGGUGAGCUUCGACGAAGCCUUGGCUACUGCGGAUUUCAUUUCGCUCCACAUGCCUCUUACCCCUGCGACGAACAAGAUACUCAACGACGAGACGUUCGCUAAGAUGAAGAAGGGAGUUCGUAUUGUGAACGUUGCUCGUGGAGGUGUGAUAGACGAAGACGCGUUGGUGAGGGCAUUGGAUGCUGGGAUUGUUGCCCAGGCUGCGCUUGAUGUUUUCACUAAAGAGCCGCCGGCUAAAGACAGUCCUCUGGUGCAGCAUGAGAGGGUUACUGUGACACCUCAUCUUGGAGCCAGCACAAUGGAGGCUCAGGAAGGAGUUGCUAUUGAGAUUGCUGAAGCUGUUGUUGGAGCUUUGAAUGGAGAGCUUGCUGCUACUGCUGUCAAUGCUCCUAUGGUUUCUGCUGAGGUUCUGACUGAGCUGAAACCAUAUGUGAUACUAGCCGAGAAGCUAGGGAGACUAGCGGUGCAGCUCGUGGCUGGAGGAAGCGGCGUGAAGAACGUGAAAGUCUCAUACACCUCAGCAAGAGCCACUGAUGAUCUCGACACAAGACUGCUCCGAGCCAUGAUCACCAAGGGAAUCAUCGAGCCGAUCUCCGACGUAUACGUCAACUUGGUCAACGCUGACUUCACAGCCAAGCAGAGAGGUCUCAGACUCUCGGAGGAGCGUGUGCUCUUGGACGGGUCGCCAGAGAACCCCUUGGAGACCAUAACUGUUCAGCUAGGCAACGUGGAGUCCAAGUUCGCUAGUUCCUUGUCUGAGUCAGGAGAGGUGAAAGUGGAAGGAAGGGUUAAAGAUGGAAUCCCGCAUUUGACAAAGGUUGGGUCUUUUGAAGUGGAUGUGACUCUUGAAGGUAGUAUCAUACUGUGCAGGCAGGUUGAUCAGCCGGGUAUGAUUGGGACGGUGGGUAGCAUUCUUGGAGAGUCUAAUGUGAAUGUUAACUUCAUGAGCGUUGGGAGGAUUGCGCCGAGGAAGCAAGCGAUCAUGGCGAUUGGUGUAGAUGAUCAGCCAAGCAAGGAGACGCUUAAGAAGAUUGGAGAGAUCCCAGCGGUCGAGGAGUUUGUUUUCCUCAAGCUCUAAGUUUGCUGCAUUGUUGUUGUUGUUGUUGAUUUUUGAACCUUGAAUCUUGAAUGUGAGGGAGGGAGGGAGGAUUUGAUGAAGUGUUUUACCUUUACUGGGUUUUAGGCAAUAAAGUUUCUUUUGGCAUUA